GUGUAUAUCGCAGACCCACAAAAAACUAUAGAGAACAGGUAGACAGUGUGUUACCAUAGAACUAAGAUGAUGUCCUCUUCUGUUGCCGCUGUGACCUGUCUCUGUUUCGCUUUUCUGUUCGGAGUCUGCCAAGGAUUUUUCUUCGGGGAUCUGUUCGGAAUGGGCGGAGGAAUGGGAGGGGGAAUGGGUGGAGGAAUGGGAGGGGGAAUGGGAGGAGGAAUGGGAGGGGGAAUGGGAGGAGGAAUGUUCGGUAUGAUGGCUAUGGGAGGUGACAAUUACAACACCAUGAUGGAGCAAAGAUAUGGAUGCCAAACCGAAGGAGGACAUUGUUUAAAUAUGUACCCUCCCCCAGCACCUGCAGGGGGCGCUGCUGCAGCUGAGCAAGGGGAAGUGGAAAUGGAAGGUGGAGCACCAACUGCUCAACCUCAGGCAGCUCAUGGCCGUGGUCAUGGCCAUGGGGCACCUAGAAAGCAUGGAGCCGCUGCAGGCCGUGCUGGAGCUCCUCGGACCCCUCCCCCCGCCACUCCGGCACCGCCCCGAAGGAUGGUAGCCAAUCCUAUGCAGUUUAUCCGUCAGAACUGUAUGAAUUUCGAAUUUGAUUACAUGAGCUGUGGCAGACAAGGCGGAGUAUGCUGUUACCAGGCACCUUAAUCAUCUCAUUUCAUUCACCACAGUUUCAUUCUAGCAGUUGACUGAAUACUCAUUCGGGACACUUCGGGACACCUCGGGACACCUCUACUGCGAUCCUGCCAACAUUGGUUUUAUGUUGUAAUAUAAACCGGAUGACACAAACUGUGCAAACACGUGACUGACUCCAUGGUAUCCAUGGUAUCGCCAAACAUAAUGGUGCAAACGAUGUAUGGGUGGCCUAUUGUAUUCUAAAUAUUAUUGAGUGUGGAAUAAUUAUCAUGUUUAUAUUUAAUGUAAAAGUUAAAUAUUCAUUAAA